UGGUCUAAGGAAGAAUCUACUACACGGCGAUGACUUUCGGAGCGAUGCGGUGCAUUAGGAGCGACGGCCGCUGUGUUGAAUGCUGCUUGUGCGCGUAACCUAUGCGCUGCUCACCGCGGUACCUGGACAACGCACGUGUGGUGUUUGUGUUGUAAGGGAACAUCACCAUGUCCGGAAUGAUGGGCUUUCACGCACGCGAAGCCAUCCGCGUCAAGGCAAAGAAAUGCGAGCGAGGCGGCGAGGGCUCUACUGAGCAGCGCAAGUUCAGCCUGGACCCGCAGAUCACGUCUUUCGAGGUGCUGCAAAGCCUCCUGGCCAGAGCAUUUGACAUCCGAGGGGAGUUCACGGUGAGCUAUUUGGCACGUGAUGAUGAGGGUGGCGACACAUACCUUGGCCUGCUCUCUGACUGGGACCUGGACGCCGCCUUUCUGAGCUCCUCCGAGCCUUGCCUCAAACUGCGUGUCGAGCCCAAGCCAUACGACAAGAGCCUUGCAGAAUGGGACGUGGUCACUCCAAGCGACAUGGCCAAGGCGCCGCCAAAGCCGUCCCUCACCGGCACUUUCCUCAGCCAGAUGGAGAAGACGCUGAGCCGGUUUCAGAAGGCGCUCAACUUGGCUGCCCUGCAAGAGUCUGGCAACUGUGUGCCCCCACUUGGAGACCGCGAGUUCCGAACCUGCUUAGACGGUGAGGGACGGCUGCUGAAGCCCCGUGAACUACGGCUGGCUGUCUACAAGGGCGGAGUUGAGCCGUCACUUCGGAAGGUCGUGUGGAAGCACAUCCUCAACGUGUACCCCGAUGGGCUGACGGGUCGAGAGCGGCUAGCGUACAUGCGCCGCAAGAGUGACCAGUACUUGCAGCUUCGUGCUGCUUGGAAGGCACUGCUGGAUAAGCCGGACUACAGUGGUGACAUCCAGCUGGUUACCAACAUGGUGCGCAAAGACGUGCUUCGCACAGACCGCACGAACCCAUUCUAUGCAGGUGGGGACGACAAUGCCAAUGUGGUGUCGCUCUUCAACCUGCUAACUACGUUUGCACUAAACCACCCGACGCUGUCAUACUGUCAAGGGAUGAGUGACUUGGCCUCCCCCUUGUUGGUGGUGAUGCGCGAUGAGCCGCAUGCAUAUGUGUGCUUCUGUGCGCUCAUGCGGCGUCUGGGUCCCAAUUUCAACCUGGACGGAGAGGCAAUGACGCUCAAGUUCCAGCAUUUGUCUGACCUUGUGGAGCACUUUGACCCACUGUUCUUCAGGUACCUCAAGGAACAUGGUGCCCAGGACCUGCUCUUCUGCUACCGCUGGCUUUUGUUGGAGCUGAAGCGAGAGUUUGCCUUUGACGAUGCGCUGCACAUGCUCGAGGUGCUGUGGAGCUCCCUGCCACCAUCGCCUCCACAGGGCGAGUUGCCAUUGUUCGAACAGCCCUACCAGCUAAACCCACCACCACCGCGUGUGUCGACCAACCCAUACUGCAAAGUGCGCGCAAUUCGACGCCCCAUGGUGCGUGGAGGGUCAAGCAGUGACGAGGACGAGGCCUGUGAACGUGACCUGGGCUGGUGCAAUGGUGACUCUGAUGACAAGCCUUCGAACCACACUAGUGAAGGCUACGUGUCUGAGGGCGCAUCGUCUCGAGAGGCCUCGACUGAUGACUCACUGCCACCAUGGACUGCUAAGGCCAAGAUGCUGCCGCGGCCGCAAGAGCUUGGUGGCGGCAACCCCUUCAUGAUGUUUUUAUGCCUGACAUUGCUCAUGCAGCAUCGUGACGUAAUCAUGCGCAAUACCAUGGACUACAAUGAGCUGGCUAUGCACUUUGACAAAAUGGUACGCCGGCACAACCUUCAGAAAGUGCUUCAUCAGACCAGGGCACUGUAUGCGGAGUAUCUGCGCCUGGGAUGGGAGGAACAUGUGUGAUUUCAUUAUUUUAGACCCGGUGAUGAGUCUGCCAUGACACAUGGAAUCUGUGAUACUGAGUGCAUAUUACAGUCGUGCCUUGUUAUUAUGACCUUCUUCAGUUGUGAGCAUUGUUCCAGGCACCAGCAGGCAUUUCUCAUUUAUUUGUGUGUGACACACAGGCACAUAUGUAAGUGGACAAGGCGCACAAACACCCAGUCCGUGUGCAUGUAUUUGCCUGGACGUUGUCGGCAUGAAGACCACGUUUUCUUCUUAAAAGAAAUCUGAAGCCUAGCUCACCACAGUAGCGAGAUAUCAGUCGUAUUUGUUCUGUGAUAGUCAAGCAAUGUAUCAAAGUACAUAUUUUCUCAGAGAUGGCAAUAUGUGAUGCUUAGUCAGUUGAGACAGAACAUUCUCUUAUUGGACUUCUUUUCUGUUGGAUAAUCAGCAUCAUUGGUUAUUCCAGUAAUGUUGCAGCCCUUGAGGAACUUCAAACUGUCCUUCAGAUUCUUUCAAGACAGCAGCGACAAAAAUAACAUGCCUCAUGUUUGUGCAUAUUAUUAAUGUUUUUGUUAUUAAUUCUAUUUCACAGUACAGUAGCAAGCAACACUAUAACAACAUUUUUUCAACAGAUGUGCUCUCGUUUUCCAUGAGGAUUCAUUAUUACAGGUGGCUUAAAAAAACCUAAUAACGAGACACGACUGUACUUCCAUCACAAUGUUCUGCUUUAACGUGAUGCAGAACCUCUGCCUGUCCAGGCAUUUGCCUCACCUCAUUUUGGACUUUUUCUGGGAAGUGUCAAGUCAUAGGAUUUGAACUAGCAUAUUACAUAGCCUUGUACAUUAUCAGGGUGUGGACAUUGAGUAAAAUUUUUCUUUUAAACCACUGA